UUCGAAAAUUGCGUUGAUGAAAGAGCACGACACCAAGUCUAUCGGUGUCGACGACGACGGCAACGACUUCAGCGAAGCCAAAUCGCCGAACUAUCUGGAAUCCCGAAGCAGCGCCAGUGGUGCGCUGCGAUCUGGCCCUGUUCCAGUAUACACGAGCCCUGAAGUCGUGGGCCUCCUCGCUCAGUACGUAGCCAUUGGCUUGUGCUAUGGAGCCCUUCCGAACCUCAUGUAUCCGCUCUUUGCUGCGUAUUUCCACAUGACCGGCAGCCAAUUCAAUUCCGUCAAGACGUUGAUGGGCAUCGGGUGGUCCGUCAAAGUGUUCAUCGGGCUCUUGUCCGACUGCGUGCCGCUGUUUGGGUAUCGCCGCAAGUCGUGGAUGUUGUUUGGAUGGAGUUUCUGCUUCCUCUUCAUGGUCGUGUUGGCAACCCGGGACUUUGGCCGGCCAUACUACACCGAUCGAAGCAUUGUCGGCAUCGCCGCCGCCAAACUCACCGCGGCUCAGAACGCCACGUUGAACGCGGACGCUCCGGCUACCGGCGCCACCGUAUCCAUUCUGUGCGGGCUGGCCACACUGUCGUACAUUUUCGCCGCCGUUCCGUCCGACGCGCUCGUGGUGGCGGUCGCCCAGCGCGAACCCAUGGCCGUGCGUGGCCGGCUGCAGUCGAUGGUGUACAUGACACGAACGCUGGCGACGAUGUUGUCGUCAGCGAUGAUCGGGUUUGGGCUCAACUCGCCCGAUUUUUCGGGGUCGUUUGGGUGGGACAUGGGCCAGCACACUAUUUUCGUGCUCUUGGCCGUGGUCACUGGGGCCAUGGUGCCCAUCACGUGGUGGUGCGUUCUGGACGAACGGCACCCAAUCAUGGAGUCAUUUCGCGCGUAUGCGCACCAAUUUUGGAACUUGGUGCAGAAACGAGCGACGUGGCAGAUCAUGCUGUUCUCGUUGCUGUUCAACUUGCUCAACUCGGGCGUCACGUCCACCGCGGCGCCGUAUGUGAUGCUUCGGUGGGCCAAAGUUGAGAACCUCAACUACCAACUCAUGAACGUCGCGGGGAACCUCGUGUUCGCCGUGACCUUGGGGGCGAUGGGGGGCUGGGGCACCAUGUGGAACUGGCCGCUCGUGGUCGUCGUGACCACCGUCGCCGCCAACGCCAUCGACGCGUUCGUCCAGUUCUUCACCAUCUACGACAUCCUUCGCAACCAGUGGUUUUACAUUGGCGUGCCGUUGGCCGAGAACCUCCCGUAUGCGAUGCAGUUUAUUGUGACGACGUUUGUGAUUGUGGAGCUGGCCGAGGAAGGCAACGAAGGCAUCACGUACGGCCUCUUCACGACCGUUACCAACCUCCCCAUCGCCGUCGGCCCCGUGAUUUCGAACGCGAUCUUUUCGUCAUUUGAUGUGUCGGAGAACGCGAUCGCCGCCGACUCGGUCGACACGCGGCACCAAGUGGCAUGGACGUAUAUCAUUUACUAUUUCACCACCAUCGCCGCGUGCUUGACGGUCGUGCUGCUGCCGAGCCAGAAGCCAGCGCUACAUGCACUGCAGGCCACGGGCGGCAAGCAUCCGUUUAUUGGCGGCGCGGUCCUCGUCGUGUGCCUAGUCAUGCUCGUGUACUCGGUGGUGGCAUCCCUCUUGCCCAUGUACGAAACCACGUCGUGCCUUGUGGUAGCAGGUGGAAAAGGAUGCAACCAGCCUAGUGUGUGAGGCUGAAUGAUUAAUAUAGCGGUAGAACUUUGACGUCCUUUGAUGGCUAGUUGCUUGAAACGACCACAUCCCCA